GCGAGAAAGGGGAGGCUCUGCGAGAGCUGCGGCUUCAAACACAACACCUGCGCCUUGAGGUCAGCGCUCGCCGUCCUCGCGCUGGGGCUGCUCCUGGCGGGCUGGCGCGCGGCGGAGCGGCCCUCGGCGCCUGCGGGCCCGCCUGGCCCCGACCCUCCGCCGCAGGCUACGGCGGGAGGCUGGUGCCCCUCUGGACCGUCCGAGUGGCUCGUUGGGAUCUGCCCUCCGCCAGUCCCUUGCCUGGCCUGCCCCGCCUGCACCUGUGCGGGAGGCGGGGGGGUCGUCCUGGGCGACCAGCUGCUGCUGGUGUUCGGGCCGUCGGUGCUGACCAACGUGCUCGAUUUAUUGCUUCGCGGCACGGACGGCCUCCUGCGGGGCAUCCUGCGGGGCCGCCAAGCGUGUCAGGAGGAGAUGCGGGCAGGACAGCGCGUCCUGGAGCCGCUAGAGGUGCUGGAGCCGGGCGGCGAGCGGAUGCGCAUCUCGCUGUUCUGCGACGGGGCCUUCCCGCCCCGUCGGCUGGGGGGCCAGCAGGUCCUGGACCAUGGAGACGGGGCCAGCUUGGGGGGCGCGCCCCCGGUGGGGGGGACUGCGACCCCACUCGCCGCCCCCCCCGAGGCGGCCGAGCAUUCGCGGCGCCUUGGGCACGCCUGGGUCCUGGCGGAGCCCACGGAAGCGGCUUCCAUCGGGAGCAAGGUGGACUUGCGCCGUGUGCGGGCGCUUUUCGCAAACGAGUUGGUCGCCCUUGCGGUGGUGGACGGCGCAGUGGUUCGGCUGCAGCAGACGCAGGUGGAGGAGAUCCCGAGCUAUGCAGAUCAGCGUGCGAGCUAUCUGCGGAGCGCGCUGGGUAGUCCGGGUGCGGCGGACCUCCGUGAGCGCCUGGGCCGCCCGCAGCCGCUGCCGCCGCCUGCUCGCUCCCCUGCGCGGGAGGCCGCGGCGGAGCCGAUCCAGAGCGAGGACAUCAAGGUGCUCGCGGUCGACUUCGACGGUCAGGGCGAGCGCUUCAAGGCUCGGCGCGAGGCGGUGAAGGAGAGCUCUCAGAAGGAGUUCAGCGACCAAAAGGGGCUUGCCCCCGCGGACCGCGUGGCCUGCGAGCUGCGCAGCAUCUGCAAGGCCCUGUACUUCGCGGGCUGCUACGACCAGGUGAACCUGGGCGCGCUGAUGGCGCUGGAGCUGGCGAAGUACUGCGCGGGGACGGAGUCGGCGGAGGACGUCGCGGGCCAGCCCGCGCGGGCUCACGUGGCGCGCCGGAUCCACGAGGACCGCGAGGGCCAGCAAGCCCUGCGGCGCCGGCCCCUGGGCCAGAGGACGCCCAGGGCCACGGCGCAGGUGCUGGGCGCGGCAGUGGCGGCGCUGAUGACGGACGGGGAGGGUGAAGGCGAGGUGCUGGCGGACGUGCCCGAGGGAGCCGCGGCGGCAGCGGCAGCCAUCCGCCCGCCUCAUGGCGGAUGCCGCCGUCGGCGGGCCCCGGCGAACGACGCGCUGCGGGAUCUCAACUGGGCGGCGGGCUUCAAGGGUUUUUUGGCGGCCGACCAUGGCCCAGACGUCGUGCCGGGCGACGUGGAAGCCGACGUCCAGCGGAGGACGUGCGAGUUGGUUUCGAGCUGGCGCCCGCGCCCCUCCGCCGACUCUGACGAGGCGGCUCUCGAGAAGCUGCUUCGGGGGCACUCGCCGCAUCGGGCGGCUGGGGGUCCGACAGGGGUCGCGUCCUUCAAGCUCGACCUCGCGAGUCGGCCCGACUCGGCGAGUGGGCGCCAGCUGAUCUCGGACGUGGCGCCAGCGGAGUUCCUGGAACAUCUGGGGGGCCAUCGCGAGCGCAUGCUGGCGCCUCCGAUAGAUGAGUACAGCGCGGUCCCCGACUUCGAGCCAGUGCUGAGGUCGGAGGGCCAGUCCCGCGUCGAGGUGGGGCCGCCGGCGGAGGCGCCGACGGGGUCAGUGCGAGCCGCAGAGCUGCCGAGCGAUUUCUGCUUGACCGCGGGGCUGUCGGACGUCUCCAAUUGCUUCCAUCGGCUGCGGGUAGUGGCGCUCGGCCGCCCCGAGGAGGAGCCCCUCCUCUGCCACUGCGUGCACGUGGACAACUUGGGGGUCAUCGGAGCGCGCGAGGAGCGCGCGGGCCAGGUCCUGGAGCAGCUCGAUGAGGGAUUCAACCGCGAGGGCCCGUUGCCGCAUAAAUCUGAGAUGUCCCGCGGCGCCAUAGCCGCGCUUGAGGCGAUGCUGGGCCACUGCGCCUUCGUGGCGCUGCGCUGCCGGGGCCUGCUGGGCCUCUCCCACUCCGUCUACGCCUUCGUCGAGCGCGGGCGCGCGGCAGGCUCGGCCCAGGCACUGCGGGCCGAAUGUCGCGUUGAGUUGCAGGCUUUCAGGGGCAUGAUGAUUUCCCAGGCGAGCGACUGGCUCCGGGACUGGAGCCCCCUGGCCGCGCAGAUUGACAGCAGCUUGGAGGACUGCGCCGUGGCUCAGGCCUUCUGGCUUAUACAGGCGGCGCAGGAGGCGGGGCGCAUUCCCGAGAGACGCCGGCGGCGCCAGGCACUGGCGUUGGUCAGACGCCCCGCGCUCCGCACGCUCGAGACCCAGCUGGUCCUUCGCGACCGCCUGAGCAGCGCGCGGGAGGAGGUGGUGCUACCCGGGGAGGCGGAGGCGGCGACCGCGCCGAGGCUGGCCGUUGCCGACGACUGCAGCAGCACCGACGCCGAGAAGAAGCCCGAGCGAGACUCCGCGAGGCAGGCGGCGCAGUGGCGCACUGGCCGUCAGCGGAGGCGGCCUUCUUUGGAGACGGCCGUCGCGGCGACGGUUAUCGGCGUCAGUAGCUUCCUGGAGGAGAGCUCCGUUACGCCGAAGGUCCUCGAGCGAAACCAGUCAGAGGUCGUAUGGUUAGCGACCUUCGCGGGGGGCCGCGAGCUCGUCGGCGACGAGCAGGUGGACAGCAACCUCGUCGACUAUUUCAGCCACCUGUACUUCAAGGGUUGGAGCGCCAACAAGGGAGAGCAGAUCCUGGGUGGCCUCGUGCGCCUGACGCCGGAGUUCUCCCGGUCUGGUGGCCUCCAGCCCCCCCGGGCUUGCCGUUGCCUGAAGGGCUGGAGGCGGCGGGCGCCGAAUCGCAGCCGCCGCAGCUGGCCGCUGGCCUUGUGGGCGGGCAUUGCAUGGCGCCUGGUGGCGCGGGGCUACUUGCAAAUGGCAGUCUCCCUGCUGGCGUCGCUCAUGGGCCUGAAGAGAGGAGGGCUGAUCGCUCCUGCGGCGGGCAUCUCCAACUACUGGAACUUGCUGCUCUUCCCCUCCCUGUUGCCAGACCGCAGCAAGACUGGGCCGAGCGACGUCAGCAUCGUGCUGGACUCUGCGCACCUCCACUUCUUCGCGCCGAUCUACGAGAUAUAUGCGCAGGGCAACAAAGACGAGCUGGCGUGGAGUUUCACCACCCUUGAUUGCCCAUGGGGGCUACCAGUGAGUCAGCUCCCGUUCGAGGCAAUGUGA